ACAUAUACACACAUACAUGCAUAUAUAAACCGAUAUAUAUACAUAUACAUAUACAUAUACAGCAAGUGGAACCUUUCUCCUAGCAUGCAAUGCGCCGCACUUGCAACGUGUGAAAAUCAACUCAAAUAAACGAAGCCAACCGAGGAUAGAGGAAAACAAAGAAAAUCUAAUCAAAAUGCCUGCGAUAAAAUUACCGAAAUUGAAUUCGCCUCGACAUUUGUCUAUUGAUUGUUGUUGGCCCGUGCAACAUGGUCCACGCCCCGGGUGCAGCUGCUGGCAUUUUGCAACAAAUUAUUUAAAAAGUUAUUGCCCCAUUCAGCGUCAUGGCGUUGUUAAUAACAAUAAAACUUUAUGCUGGCUGGCAUUGACUUUGAUUUUAUUGAGCGGCUCCAGUGGCACUCGCACUGCUGUCGAGGCGGCAACAGCAACAACAGCUGUUGGCAAUCCAGCCAGCUCGGCGGCUGUGGGCGUGGCCUCAUUGGAAAUUGGCACCUGCAAACAGGCUCUGGGCAUGGAAUCUGGCGCCAUAGCGGACUUUCAAAUUACGGCCAGUUCAGCUCAUGACAUGGGAAACGUUGGGCCACAGCACGCUAGACUCAAGGUGGACAACAACGGUGGUGCCUGGUGUCCCAAGCAUAUGGUCUCACGCGGUCUUACGGAAUAUCUGCAAAUUGAUCUGCUGCAGGUGCAUUUGGUGAGCGCCAUACGCACACAGGGUCGCUUUGGCAAAGGUCAGGGCCAGGAAUAUACGGAGGCAUAUGUGCUUGAAUACUGGAGGCCGGGCUUUGAGAAAUGGUUGCGUUGGAAGAACCAUCAGGGCAACGAGAUACUUCCUGGCAAUAUAAACACCUACAGCGAGGUGGAGAACGUGCUGCAGCCCAGCAUCUUUGCGUCCAAGGUGCGCAUCUAUCCCUACAGUCAGUAUGAUCGCACCGUUUGCUUGCGCGCCGAGAUCGUUGGCUGUGCCUGGGAAGAGGGCAUUGUAUCGUACAGCAUUCCGAAGGGUGUGCAACGCGGCAUGGAAAUCGAUCUAUCCGAUAAAACCUAUGAUGGGCACGAGGAGGGCGAUCGCCUUGUGAAUGGACUUGGCCAAUUGGUUGAUGGUCAGCGAGGCAAGGAUAACUUUCGCUUGGAUAUCAAUGGCUUUGGUAAAGGUUACGAGUGGGUUGGCUGGCGUAAUGAUACAUUAUUUGGUCGUCCAGUCGAAAUCACAUUUGAAUUUGAAACAGUGCGAAAUUUCAGUGCGGUCAUUAUACACACGAACAACAUGUUCUCCAAAGAUGUGCAGGUGAGUUUGAAAUUAGUACUUAUAGUACUGAUGAGACAACUUGAACAACUUUUACAUUUGCAUCGCCUGGGGCGUUAUCUGCAGUUGCAUUUGUAUUUCGCCGCCCGCUGGAUGAUGCUCAGCGAGAUUACAUUCAUAUCAGUGCCCGUAGUGGGCAAUUUCACAGAUGAGGAGCUGCUCAAUGUGCCGCCUUCAAAUGGCGCUGGCGCCGGUGUCCCAAAUACAUCCGAAUAUCCGUUUCAACGCGACGAGGUGGGUCGUGCCGUCAGCAGCGGUGGCGAGAGGAGUCAGCAUACCACGCAAGUUAUCUCGCCAAAGCCCAUUGACCAUCAGGAGCCGGAAACAAGUUUCGUUGGCGUCAUAAUCACAGUGUUGGCCACAAUUAUUCUCUUCCUUGUCGCUAUUAUAUUGCUGAUAAUAGCGCGCAAUAGGCACGGACGCGGACGUGGUAAUGUUUUGGAUGCAUUCCAGCAUAAUUUCAAUCCGGACACGCUCGGCGGCGUUGAUAAGCGACUCAAUGGCAGUGGCAAUGGCAACGGCAACGGCAAUGCCAAUGGCGUCUUAAAGGUGGUCACAACAAUGGAUGACAAUGAGUCGUCCAUUGACAAGAACAGUCUGUACCAUGAGCCCUUCAAUGUGAACAUGUACACAAGCGCGGCCAGUGCUUGCUCCAUGAAUGACCUGCAGCGUCAGCAUGUAACCCCGGACUAUACAGAUGUGCCGGACAUUGUGUGCCAGGACUAUGCGGUGCCUCACAUGCAGCAGCUGCUACCGACUGCCGCCGGCAGCACCGGGACCGCCCGCAGCUCUUUGAACGCAUCUAUCGUCGUUGCGCCACCAGUUGUUUCGGUGGCAGCUGCUACUGCAGCGGUGGCCGCACCACCGCCGCCCGUGCCACCGCCGCCAGAGAAAUAUUACGCAGCAACGCCAAUUUGCAGCAAGCCGGUGACGGGGCCGGCGGGCUCACAGAGCAGCGGCUCGUUAAGUUUGAGCUCCUCGAAUACGGCAGCGACCACGCCCACGCCAACGGGCGGCAAACCACAUCAUUACAAUUUCGAUAUGAGCGCUAAUUUCGCCGACAUCAACGAGGAGCAGGCCAAUUGCCAAGUGCAGGAGUUUCCGCGCCAGUCGCUGGUCAUCGUCGAGAAGCUCGGCUCCGGCGUAUUUGGUGAACUGCAUUUGUGCGAAACAAAUGUGUUGAAUGCCACGCUUGUCGCCGUUGCCACUUUACGUCCCGGUGCUGGUGAUCAUCUGAGAAAGGAGUUCCGCAGCAAGGCCAAGCAGCUGGCGCGUCUCAACGAUGCGAAUGUGGCGCGCCUGGUGGGCGCCUGUCUGCGCGACGAGCCCAUCUGCAUUGUGCAGGACUAUUCGAAUUGUUUGGGUGACUUGAAUCAAUUUCUGCAGGAGCAUGUGGCCGAAACAAGCGGACUGCUGGCCAACAAGAGUUUGAGCUACGGCUGCUUAGUCUACAUUGCCACACAAAUUGCAUCGGGCAUGAAGCAUUUGGAGCAAAUGAAUUUCGUACAUCGGGAUCUGGCAACAAGAAGCUGCAUCAUUGGACCCGAGCUGAGUGUUAAGGUCUGUUCCAUUGGCACUGUGAUAAACCGUUCGGCCUAUGCGUCGGACUAUUGCCAGCUAGAAGGCACAACGGGCCGACAGACACAGCCAAUGCCCAUACGCUGGAUGGCCUGGGAGAGCGUCCUGCUGGCCAAAUUCAGCACAAAGUCGGAUGUUUGGUCAUUUGCCGUUACCCUGUGGGAGAUAUUGACAUUCGCCAGAGAGCAGCCAUAUGAGCACAUGACAGAUGCGAAUGUUAUUGAAAACAUUGGACAUAUCUAUCAGGACGAUAAAAUGCAUGAACUGUUGCCAAUGCCACUCAACUGUCCGCGCGAAAUUUACGAUCUCAUGUGCGAAUGCUGGCAACGCAACGAAUCAAGUCGUCCCAAUUUCCGGGAGAUACAUUUGUUUCUGCAGCGCAAGAAUUUAGGUUUUAAGCCCAACACCCAAACGCUGAUGUAUUGAAAUUGUAAAAAAAAAAAAAA